AUGCAUAUCAUCAAGCCUGUCUGGCUCACACAUGGAGGUGAACGGAAAGACUUCGAGGUUUACAGUUGCGAUGUGUCGCCAGAUGGGAAGAGGCUGGUAACAGCUGCUGGAGAUGGAUACGUUCGAAUCUGGUCCACAGAGUCCAUCUACAAUACCGGCAACCCCGAAUUCGCCAGCAAGCCAAAACAACUGGCCUCGAUGAGCAAUCACUCCGGUACUAUUCAUACCGUGCGCUUCUCCCCAAAUGGGAAGUAUCUCGCUUCUGGCGCGGAUGAUAAGAUCGUUUGUGUUUACACGCUUGAUGCAAACCCUCCUACACAUUCGACAUUCGGUUCAGACGAAGCACCUCCAGUUGAGAACUGGCGCACAAUUCGACGAUUGAUCGGACACGACAACGAUGUGCAGGAUUUGGGAUGGUCGUUCGAUUCGUCGAUUCUCGUCUCGGUUGGCCUGGAUUCCAAGGUGGUGGUAUGGUCUGGUCAUACAUUCGAGAAAUUGAAGACUAUCGCCGUGCACCAGAGUCAUGUCAAGGGCAUUUGUUUCGACCCGGCGAACAAGUACUUCGCGACUGCGAGUGAUGACCGAACGGUUCGCAUUUUCCGCUUCACCUCUCCGGCACCGAAUUCAAGCUCUCACGACCAAAUGAACAACUUCGUCCUCGAACAGACCAUCACAACUCCCUUCGCCAAUUCCCCACUCACUGCGUACUUCCGUCGGUGCUCCUGGUCGCCGGACGGUAUGCACAUUGCAGCUGCGAAUGCCGUCAAUGGUCCCGUUAGCUCGGUUGCUAUUAUUAAUCGCGGCUCGUGGGAUGGCGAUAUCAACCUCAUCGGUCACGAAGCUCCUGUCGAGGUAUGCUCGUUCUCGCCUCGUCUUUACUCAAGAGAAAAGCCCAAAAAGAACCAGCCUGAUGGCCACUCGGGACAACCACACAUUACCGUCAUUGCUUGCGCCGGCGCGGAUAAAUCUCUCAGUGUCUGGAUCACAAGCAACGCUCGCCCCAUCGUUGUCGCUCAGGAAAUGUCCGCCAAGACAAUCUCGGAUCUAGCCUGGAGCCCCGACGGCAGAUGCCUUUUCGCUACAGCUCUUGACGGCACCAUUGUUGCUGCCCGCUUUGAAGAGGGCGAGUUGGGCUGGGCUACAGAUAUGGAAGAAAACGAGAAAUCGCUCACCAAAUUCGGUACAAACCGCAAAGGUGCCGGUAUCACGGAAACGACGGACGGACUACUACUAGAGGAGCAAAGUAAGGCCGGCGAGAUCAAGGACGUGGAGGGCCGCAUGGGUGCAUUGAUGGGUGAUGCCCAAGAGGCUGCCGUCAAUGGUAGCUCUGCUCAAGCUUCGAAUGGCACAACUCCUGCUCAAGCACCCUCGCCUGCCCCUGAGAAAAAGCAGCAGACCAACGGAACCGCGUCAACCCCUGCGUCCAACGAAGCUCCAAAACCAGAUCCAUACCAAGCAAAGCUGGAACGAUUGAAGCAACGACCAACAUACACAAAAGAGGGCAAGAAGCGUAUUGCGCCGCUACUUGUCUCCGGGGCUGGAGGCGGCGAGUCAUCUCUUCCUCAGACCCGUUUGAUAGCCUCUGUCAGUAACCAAGCGAAGGGUGAUGCACCUACAUCCAUCGUCGAUCUUUCGAAGCCCUUCGAUGGCCUCCCCAAGGGCGGGUUGACUGCUCUUCUUCUGGGAAAUAAGCGUAAGCUUGCCCAGUUAGAAGGCGACGAAGAAAACCAGGUCGAGAAGCGCGUCGCUUUGGCAAGUCAAAAUGGUGCUACCCCGAUCAUGGCCAACACGCCCGAUGGACUACUCCCUGCGCAGGUUCAACCUGCACCAAAUGGACAACAACCUACUCCGGAAUUCAUUCGGCCUGCAGUUACGAACCCUUGCAUGUCGGUCAGUCAGCUACGGCUUGCAGUUCCUAAGAUCCGAACAUUUAUCCUGCGCGCUCUGGAUUCUAGUGGAAAGCCUACAGAGCCACCAUCUUCUGCUGCCACUGGUGCCACUGGUGCUACUGGAAGUGAAUCGACUAGCAAGUCUCGGGUAGACGUGGUAUUCGAGGCUCGGAACCCAUCUCCAGCCAGCUUGACCGGCCGUGCUGUUGAUCGCGAGCCCGUCCGACUCACACUAUCCCGGGGUGAGCAGCCACUAUGGCAAGACUUCCUUCCUCGACCUGUCCUUCUCGUUACCGGAAACCAACAUAUGUGGGCUGCAGCAUGCGAGGACGCCUCUCUUUACAUCUGGACACCAGCUGGUCGCCGACUAGUAAGCGCCCUCGUUCUGGAAGCGCAGCCAGUCAUUCUAGAGUGCAAUGGACCUUGGUUAAUGUGUAUCUCCUCCGUCGGCAUCACCUCUCCUCCCCACAUCCCCCCCAUCUCCCUCCAACCCGUCCUCGACGCCGCAAUCCACACUCUCGGCGCCAACCCCACCGCGACCCCGGCCAUCACAGACGCACGCGUGAACUCUGAAGGCCGCGUGGUCGUCUCACUCACAAACGGAGAAGGAUACUCCUACUCCCCAUCAAUGUACUCCUGGCAACGCAUCACAGAAUCCUGGUGGGCUGUCGGCAGUCAAUACUGGAACUCAACCGAUACACCAAUCGGCAAUCUCCAACAAGCAUCCGGUCCCCAGCCAGACAACAAAGACGACAAAGCGGCCGUGGCAGCCGGCAUCAUCCCCUUCCUGGAACGCAACACAACGAACGAAACCCUUCUUCGCGGCCGGGCCUACUUCCUCCAACGACUUAUCAAAGUUCUCCUUUCGCGCGAAGGCUACGAAACCUUCGAGUCGAGUGUUUCUAUCGCGCAUCUUGAGAACCGCAUGGCUGCUGCUCUGUCCUUGGGCGCGAAGGAGGAGUUCAGACUCUAUCUCAACAUGUAUGCCAAGCGCAUUGGUGCCGAGGGACAAAAGAUGAAGGUUGAGGAGUUACUCAAGGGAUUGAUUGGUGGGUUGUUUGAUGAUGAAGAAGGAACUGAGUUUGUCAAGAGGUUGCAGGAGAAUGAGCGCGAUGGCCGGAAUUGGCGCGAGAGUUCGGAGGAUCUGUGUGGCUGGCCGCGGGAGACUCUACUUAAGGAAGUGAUUCUUGCUCUCGGUAAAUACCGUGAACUUCAGCGCGUGACUGUUCCAUACGCCAAGUUGCUUGAUAUGGUGGUUGGAGCUGAAGAAGGUGAUGCGAUGGACCUAUGA